UUUUAUUAGAAAAUUAUUUAAAAGUUUCGUUUUUCGUCGUCGUCGUCAUCGUUUGGAUCAAGUGUUUCAAGCCAAGUUUCUUCUAUUUCAAAAAACAACAAAAUAACUGAAAAACAAUCAUCAUCAUGGCGACCAAAAUGAAUAAAAAUGAUGAUGAAGAAAAUAGUAAAAGUAAUGAUAAUAAUAACACUGGUGGUGGUGGUGGUACAAAUAAUGAUAAUAAUAAUCAUAUUGAUCAACAACAACAACAACAACAACCGCAACAACAACAACAACAAAUUCAAAUGGUUAUGGAUCCACAACCAUCGUUUGUUGAUUAUUCAAAAUAUUUAAAAAAUGAACAACAACCGCAGCAGAAAAUUGAUCCAAAUGUUUCAUCAACAACGAAUAAUCAACCGAAUAAUAAUGUAAAUGAUGAUAAUAAUGGUAAUCUUUUACCAAAAUCAGUAAUAGAAGAACGUACCAAAAUGAUACGAUCAUUGAUUGAAGAACACAAAUCAACAAAAAAUACUAAAAGUAAUGCUGCUACCGGUGGUGGUGCAGGUGGAGUUGUAAAUGAUCGUCAAUCAACCAAAAGCGAUUCAUCAUUAUCAUUAACAAGAGCAGUAAAAUUAUUACGUAGUAAACGUAAAUCAUGUACAAAAAAGAAAAAAACAAUAAAUUCAGAUUCAAAAUCAUAAAUUUGAAAGUGAUGAACGAUUGUAAUCGAUUGUAAUCGAUUGUUCGAUAGUGGAAACACACAAAACAAACACACAUCAUAUUUAUUAUCAUAAA